AUUUAAAUACCUCCUCCUUCUCUUUCUCCUUCCCCUCAAAAUUUACAUUCUAUCCUUCUUUGCAUCAUGUUGUUCAAGGCUAAGGGUCUCGUCGUGCUCGUUUCCAUCGCUGCCAUGCAAGUUGUGACCGGUCUCAAGGUCAACGAAUGUACUUGUAUCAAGAAUUCGGCGGCACCUCAUUUCCCCGGUAUCGGACCUACCUACGAUUGUGGUACAUUAGUCGGUUGCAGAUACAGUGCUAAUGCUAGACAGAAGUCUUGGCAAAUCUCUGGAAAGGCAGGCGUUGACUACUUUAAGCAGUGCUGCCGGAAUGCAGGAAAAUAUGGCUUCUGCAGGACUGUCACCAUCUGGGGAAGCUGCCCAAUUGUCAAGGGAUAAAUUAUAAUGAAGAAAUAAUCUCACAUGGACGCAUACAUUUCAUGUAACGGGAAAUGUUUAUUCCUAUUAGGAAAUUUUUAAAAUGUAAUAAAUAUAAACAGAUCAAUUGUAACGC